CGCGACAAGUGGAAAGGGAGAGCGCGUUUAUCGUAGGUGGCAGUGUCGGCGGCGCUUUCAAAGUGGUUGGCAAGGGGUGCAGGGUCCGCGACUGUUACCAUUAGUGGGCGUGAACGUGCCGAGUCGCGAGAGCAGAAGAGAGCCAUGGCAGCCCUAGUGCUCGGUUAUUGGGACAUCCGGGGCCUCGCAGAGCCCAUCCGCUACUUGCUGGCCCACGCCGGAGUGCCCUACGAGGACAAGAGGUAUGGUUUCGGCGAUGGACCGGAACCCACCCGGGACGAAUGGCUUGCAGUGAAGUACAAGCUGGACCUUGACUUCCCCAACCUUCCGUACAUCAUCGACGGCGAUGUUCGGAUGACUCAGAGUCAGGCCAUCCUGCGCUACCUGGGGCGCAAGCACGGCCUGGCACCUAAGGACGAAGAAACAGUGCGCAGGGUCGAAAUGCUCGAGCACCAGGCCUCUGACAUCAUAUGGGCGUCUGUGCGCGUCUGCUACGAUCCCGCGUACACAGAGGAGAAGCGGCGCCAAUUCCUCGUCGACAUCGCCGACAAGUUGCGCCAGGUCGACGCCUACCUGGCGAAGCACGGGCCAUUCGGCGCAGGAAAGAGCGUCACAUACGUGGACUUCUUACUCUACGAGGCUCUGCAGGUUAUCAAGACCAUGGGCCCGCGCACCUUCCUCAAGGACUUCCCCGCUCUCGAGGAGUACUGCCAACGCGUCGCAGCCUUGCCAGGACUCAAGGAGUACCUGGCCUCUGACCGCUUCAAGUCGUGGCCCUUCUGGAGCCCCUUCGCCAAGGCUCUCGCGGCUCAAAACAAGCCUCCUGCCGACGACUGUUGAGCGAUGCGGCGAAGUGAACUUAUGGAACGUUCCUUCGAGGGGCCGCUCUUGUGAAAAUCGUUGCUUUAACACUUGUGUUAGCAGUUUAAAAUAAACAUUUUCUCACCGU